AUGAAACCCAAGUAUCAAACCCAACGAAAACCACCAGUAUUCAAAGCGGCAGUUAUGUGUAAUGCCGACCGACUCAAAGGGAGGCUCGAGAAUGAGCCCGAAAUUUUUGCAAGAUUCAAAGCCCUGGAAGAAGAAGUGAAUAAACAACAAUUUGUGAGAGAACAAGUGGAGAUCAUGCUGUCUGAGUUCUAUGAUCUCCCACUUACCCGCAAAUGGUGGAUUGAAGAUUUUAAUGUGUUCAUGGGAGGAGGGAGAAUCGCGGGGUCACAAAUGAGAAAGAUAUUCAGUACUUUGAAAGAACAAGGUGGCAUUCCUCUUUUGAAUCUCGACGAGAGGAAUGCUCUAAAUACUUUCAUAUCAAAGUAA